AAAGUUUUUUUUUUUUUUUGCCGCGUUUGAGCAAGCUUGCGCACAGAGAGCGAAAAGAGAGCAAAUUUUCGUAAGCAUGGAAAAAAAUAUGUUCUCAGUUUAAAAUUUGCGCUUCUCCUCUCGCAGCCCAGCCAGCGCUGCACUCGAAAAUAACUGUUCGCUAGCAAGCGAGAGCGGCACACAUUUAAAGUAAAAUAAAUCUAAAAGAGCGGCGCUGUCGUCCAAUUUACGUCGCCGUCUUCUUCGUCAGUGUUCGUUGUCGUUGCCUCGUUCGUCUUUCGUUUUAUUUCGUCCUCGUACAACAACAACAACCAGGAUCACCGCAACACGCAGUUUCCAAAUGCUUUAACGAUUCGUCAACCUCAAAGGAAAAAAAAAAUAAGACAAGCAGCGAAUCAACAACCAAAAACACCAAAAAAAACAAAGAUAAACCCCAAAAUAAUAAUAAAAAAAACCACCCACAAGUCAAAGGAGGCUCGCAAAAUUUUUUACAAAUUUGCAAAUACACUUUAAGUAAAAAUAAGAAAAAGGAUUGGUGUUUGUGUGUGUGUUUUGAAAGUCCUUCGUCAAAAGCUCCCCACGCUCUUUCUCCCGAAGAAACGCACUGUUGUUGGACUUAAUUUGUCGCGAAAGGAGAGACUCUUUUUGGCAUGGCUCUCUUGAAGGAGCGGCCAAAUAUUAGGGAGCACCAGCAGCAGGAUCAGCAGUAAAUAACAAAGCUUAAGGGACACAAUAGGGACGAUCAGGAAAAAGGAGGUAGUAAUCAGGCAAUAUAUAGAAGGCAGGAAACAGGAAAAAGGAAAUACAGCCCACAAAAUAAAAGGAAUCAGUUGGAUUGGAUAACGUGUACAUCUUAAACUUCAGAAGCGCCAAAAGAAAGGAUCAUGACUACUUUGGAGGAGCCUAUCCAGGCGGUGGACACGGUGGAUCCGUGUCCCCCGGGGAUGCCAAGCCUGAAGACCGUUCUCAACGACGAUGCCUCGACCUCGUCGGUGCUGGAGGACAUCGACGUGAGCAACACGAGCAGCAGCAGUUCGAGCUCGAGCAGCUCCAGCUCCAGCUCGGGCUCCUGCUCGGGAUCGGGCACGGAUACGGACACCGGAAAGGGUAGCAGCACCGUUGGCAGUCUGGACGUGACCAGCUCCUCGAGCAUCGGUUCGGCGGCUUCCAUUUCAUCGACGGGCUCCACAACCAUUGCCGGCCCGUCCGUUUUGCUGGACGACUCGAACUCAUCGGGUUUGGGCCUUGUGGUGGAUGUGGAUAGUGCCGGGAGCAGCCAGGAGCUGAGCAGCCACGGCGUCACCGAGCUGGACUCGCUGGAGGACUCGUGCAGCGGCCUGAUGGUCAAGGAUGGCGAUAAGCUGUGCAAGCUGUGCAGCUCGCGUCUCGUGAUGCCGCGCAUCCUGUCGUGCCUGCACGUCUUCUGUGAGGACUGUCUGCAGCCUCUGGUCUCGAAGGACAUGAUGGCGGCCAGCUCGCCGAACAGCUGCUCCUCAUCCUCCUUCGACGGCAGCGAGAACCAGCAUUGUGUGCCCUUCGUGCUGCUCGAAUGCCCCAUUUGCAAGCAGCUAACGUCCCUCGGGUCGAAGGGCGUCAAGGGUCUGACCUGCGACUACAUUGUGACCAACAUACUGGACCUCUCGAACCUCGAGUCGGAGCACAUUGUGUGCACCUCGUGCAAGAGCAAGGAGGAGGCCAUUUCGCGGUGCAACGACUGCGCCAAUUUCCUGUGCAACGGCUGCGACAAUGCCCACAAGUAUAUGCGCUGCUUCGAGAACCACCAUGUGGUGCGCAUCGAGGACCUGACGAAGAACGUCCACGACAAGCUGAUCAUCCACAAGCCGGUCUGCUGCAGCCAGCAUGUGAGCGAGAAUCUCAAGUACUACUGCUUCACCUGCCAGGUGCCCACCUGCAACGAUUGCCUGCUGAGCGAGCACAAGGGCAACGACCACCACUACGAGACGGCGACGGUGGCCGAGCAGGCGGUGCGCACCGAUCUCGAGCAGACGCUCCUCGAGACGCUCCGGAAGGCGGACUACUGCAACGAUGCCGGCAGCAAUCUGGGCAGCGCCCUCACGGAGCUCCAGUCGCAGCACGAUACGGUGCGUCAGCAGAUCGAGGAUGCCUACAAGAGCUACAAGCGCAUGCUGGAGGCCAUCAAGGACCAGCUGCUCAACGAGCUGAGUCGCCUACACUCGGAUCGCGAGCUCAAGAUCAUGGACCUGAUGCAGAGCCUGGAGAACAACAUGGGCAAGCUGCAGCAGGCGGCGCAGUUCGGCCAGCGGGCCAUCGAGAAGGCCAAUGCCGUGGAGUUUCUUCUCCUGAAGCCGGUGAUCCAUGCGCGUUGCCUAAAUCUCAUGGAGCAGACGCCCAAGUGCGAUGUCAACUAUCAGCUGCAGUUCGAAUCCAAGCCGGACAAGUUCGAGCAGUUCGCCAGGGAGAUGUUCGGCAAGUUCCAAACGGAACAGAGCGAGUCCAGUCCCAAGAAGCAAUCGAUGGCUCAGCAGCAGCCAAUGCAGCAACAGCAACAACAGCAAGUGCAGCAGCAGCAACAACAGCAGCAUCAGCACCAAGUGCAGCAGCAGCAGCAUCAACAGCAGCAGCAGCAACAGUUGCAGUUGCAGCAACAACAGCAGCAGCAGCAACACACUCCAAACAACUUGAUCGUGGGCCAUCGGGGCAGCUCCUCUGUCCAGGGACGCCUGAGCUCGGCUGUAUUCAGCCCCAUCUCGCUGCCCUCCUCGCUCCAGAGUUCCUUCGAUGGCGACACCAACUCGGUGAUGACUAACUUCUCAAUGAUGGACUCCCCGCCACAGCCAACUGCCCAGCAGCAAUUGCCAACGGCCCAGCAGCAACAGCAACAGCAGCAGCAGCAAACCCAACAGCAGCAGCAUCAGCAGCAGCAACAACAACAGCAGCAGCAGCAACAGGCGGCGGUGCUGCAGCAGGUGCAGCAACAGCAGCAGCAGAAGCACCAGCAACACCAACAGCAGCAACAGCAGCAGCAGCAACAGGUGCUGCACCAGCCACCUUCGGCUCAAUCGCUGCCCCAGCAGAUGGCCCAGCUGGUUGCUCCGCAGGGCAUUGUCCAGCAGGCUGGACAUGUCAAUCUGAGCACCGGACCCGGCCCGAAUAUAUCGAUCAAUGGCCUCGGAGCCGGCGGUCCGCCGCCUAGCUUCAGCAUGCUGGAGUACAACAUCUCCCGACUGGCCAGCUUGACGGAAUCGAUGCCGGACACCCUCACCGAUGCUCUGGCCGUCGGCGGCGGUGCAGCUGGACCUGGUCCGAAUGUGGCUCAAGUGCCGGGUGGCUCCGCAGUGGCCGGUGGUGCCGUCGUGGGCGCUCCUCACUCGCAUCAGCAGCAACAGCAGGCAGUGAUGCCGGCAUCGGCGGUGACGCCCUCCCAGCCAAUAACCCUGGCGGACAUUCUUUCGGGUGACCAGCGGGCGCUCAACAAUCUCCAGGCGCUGGCCAAACUGGGACUCAACAACAAUGAUGAGCUUUUGUUGAACGGAUCCUCAACGGGCAUUGAUUUUUUGUCAGAUUUCUGCAUGCCACCGGCCACCUCGCCCAGUCUGCAGACGCUCAAUCCGAUCGUGGGCGGCGUGGAGGACAUGGGCCUCAAUAACUUUCAUGCUGUGGCCACGCCGGGCACCACCAGUGUGGUGACUGGCCGGAACAAGGCCACUCCGAUGCAGAUCCGCUGCAAGUUCGGCUCUUUGGGCACCGCCAAGGGCCAGUUUAUCCCCCACGGAUUUUGCCUGGGCGUCGACGAGGAGAUCAUCGUGGCGGACACGAACAAUCAUCGCAUCGAGGUCUUCGACAAGAUGGGCGCCCUCAAGUUCCAGUUCGGAGUGGCCGGCAAGGAGGAGGGUCAGCUCUGGUAUCCACGCAAGGUGGCCGUGAUGCACAACAAUGGCAAGUUUGUGGUCUGCGAUCGUGGCAACGAGCGCUCCCGCAUGCAGAUCUUCUCCAAGUGCGGACACUUUAUGCGCAAGAUAGCCAUUAGGUACAUUGAUAUCGUUGCGGGAUUGGCUGUCACGGCAAAGGGACACAUCGUGGCCGUGGACAGCGUCUCGCCCACCGUGUUUGUGAUCUCCGAGGAGGGCGAACUGGUCCGCUGGUUCGACUGCAGCGACUACAUGAGGGAGCCCUCCGACAUUGCCAUAAGAGACAACGACUUUUACGUGUGCGACUUCAAGGGCCAUUGCGUGGCCGUUUUCCAGGACGACGGCACAUUCCUCUACCGCAUUGGCAACGAGAAGGUGACCUGCUUCCCCAACGGCAUUGAUAUAUCGAAUGCCGGUGACGUGCUCAUCGGCGAUUCCCACGGCAAUCGCUUCCACGUGGCCUGCUACUCGCGUGAGGGCGCCCUUCAGUCCGAGUUCGAGUGUCCCCACGUCAAGGUUUCCCGCUGCUGUGGCCUGAAAAUCACAUCCGAGGGCUAUGUGGUUACGCUGGCCAAGAACAAUCAUCAUGUUCUUGUCCUGAACACCCUCUAUGUUCACUGAUUGCAAAUCAAAGCGCGCAACAAUCGUCCAGCAGUCGAUAUGAACAAAUACAACUACAAAUACUCGUCGGGCAAGAUAUACGGAUGUCGACGUCAGCAGCAAGCAGUCAAUCAGCAAAGCAGCAUCAGCAGCAGUAGCAUUAGCUGCAGCAGCAACAGCAACAGCAACACCAAUAGCAACAUCAGCAUCAAUCUUCUGUCAAGGAAUCAACAACAGCAACACUGCAAUAUCAACAGCAACAGCAACGGCAACAGCAACAGCACCGGAAUUGGCCACAUAAACAACGUGGGCAACUUGAGCCUCUUCGGAAGUGGCAGCAACAUCAA